UUUGCAGCAAAGUCCUCCUUCACUCCACACACGCUUCUAAGCCUCGGCACAUCUCCUCACAUCGCUACUAACUACACUUUAUUCAUCCUCCGUGUCAGGAUAAACUCCACUCGUCUCAGUCAACUUUGGACAUUAUUAGGCCCGCUUAGCUUGCUACUUGUUUUAGCGCGCUAGUUAGCUUAGCACGCUAGUUAGCUUAGCGUGCUAGUUAGCUUAGCUUGUUAGCUGCUAACAAAGAGACGCGGAUUUGAUCAACACAUCGCUUAGUUAAGAUCAAGUGUGAGUGUAAAGUGUUGUGAUUGUGUGAAAAUGUGCGAAAGAACGAUGGCAGAGUACAAAGAAGAACUUUCUCGAACAAAAGAAGAGAAUAAGAGACUACUUCAACUACUGGACGCUGUUUUCAAGAAACCUCAAGUUGUGUUACACGGAACAGACGUCUGUGAAAAAUAUCGUCCACCUGAGCAGCAGGAGGGGUCCUCCAGUGUGGAGCAGAAGAGGUCACAGCACUUCCACGUGAAAGAAGAGGAGCCACAGCCCCCCCACAUUAAAGAUGAAGAAAAACAGCGGCUGUCCCACCACUUCAUAGAGGAAGACAAGAGACACCUCAUCAGUGUGAAGAGUGAAGAUGAUGAGGUCAAAGGUGAGAGUGAGGAGAAGAGAGAGGCGGAGCCUCCAAGCAGCAGCUCAACUCAACACAUGACAACAGAAGCUGAUGGAGACCACUGUGGAGGAUCACAAGCAGACAAGCUCUUAGCUCCACUAUCAGAUAGUGAGGACACAACGUCACACUCUCCUGACACUGAUGAUGAAGACUCUAAAGAUGAUAAGACAUGUCACACUGACAACACACACUUCACAUGUUCUCACUGCGGCAAAACUUUUAAAUACCAUUGUCGUCUAAAAAGACACAUGAGAACACACACUGGAGAAAAACCUUUUCCCUGCUUAGAAUGUGGUAAAAGUUUUGCACUAAGUCACAAGUUAAAAGAACACAUGAGAAUACACACUGGAGAAAAACCUUUUUCCUGCUCAGAAUGUGGUAAAAGUUUUGCAGUAAGUCAAAGUUUAAAAGCACACAUGAGAACACACACUGGAGAAAAACCUUUUCCCUGCUUAGAAUGUGGUAAAAGUUUUGCACUAAGUCACAAGUUAAAAGAACACAUGAGAAUACACACUGGAGAAAAACCUUUUUCCUGCUCAGAAUGUGGUAAAAGUUUUGCAGUAAGUCAAAGUUUAAAAGCACACAUGAGAACACACACUGGAGAAAAACCUUUUCCCUGCUUAGAAUGUGGUAAAAGUUUUGCACUAAGUCACAAGUUAAAAGAACACAUGAGAAUACACACUGGAGAAAAACCUUUUUCGUGUUCAGUCUGCAAUAAAUAUUUUACUCUCAGGACCAAUUUAAAAACACACAUGAGAAUACACACUGGAGACAAACCUUUUUCCUGCUCAGAAUGUGGUAAAAGUUUUGUAAAAAAUGUAAGUUUAAAAGUACACAUGAGAACACACACUGGUGAAAAACCAUACUCCUGUUCAAGUUGCAACAAAGGCUUCCGUUACCUAAACACUCUUACAGUACACAUGAGAACACACACAGGAGAGAAAGUGUUGAGUUGCAGUGUGUGUGGUGAAAGAUUCUCCUUUAAGUACCAGUGUAAGAAACACAAGUGUGCUGGUGAGAACAGCAGCAGCAAAUGAAGAUGCAGGAUUUGUAAUAAACUUUCUAACAACAUCAGCACAUAUAACAUGUGUGACAUCAUUGUUGUGUGUGUAACACAAUCUUGUUGUUAUGCUUAUAACAUAUAUAGAGUAAAUACUUCAGAUUAGUGCUUUUAUUUCAGUCAAGUACAUGAGUUAAUAUACACAUUUGUGUACUUUAAAAUGAACAGAACAAUUUGACUGAAAAGGUGAGAAUAAACAGUACAUAAAAUAUGUUACAUACAAUGAAUAUUUUAUGUGUAGAUAUUCAUAAUUCACUUUUAUACUUAUACAUAAUAGUGUUUUAUAUGUGUUUUUAAAUAAUGAAGUGUUACAUAUUUUAUUUUCUAAUUCUAGAUGAUUCCAUAGAUGAACUCCUUAAUAUGAUAUACAUAUUUGUUUUACAUGUGUUCAUACCUUUGCUUUUGAGUACACAUAAAUCCCUCUUAGUUCAUAUUUACUGGUUCACAUCUGAAACAUCUUCUGGACCACUUCUGGAAGCAUAUUAUUAUUUACUUUAUACAUCAUUUGAGCAGUUGUCCUUUAUACAAUUUUAAAAUGUGUGACUUUAUGAAUCAUUAGUUGGGUCUCUAUAAUCCAUUCUAUUAAUUGUCUUUAUUACUCUCUUGUGUAAUAUGAAUAUUGUUGUGUGAUUGUUUUAUAUGU